AUGAAACUCUCAACAUUUUCAACCAUCAUUGCACUUCACUUUGCAAUUUCAUGUUUAUUCUUGAUCCAACCAAUCCAAUCCACCAUCCCAAAACCAGGCUUGUUAGAAACCGUAUGCCGAAAUACACCCCAUCACUACCUUUGCGUUUUCAUUCUAAAAUCACAUUUGCAACCCCUGCAACUUCGAUCCGGCGUCGACGUUGCAGGGUUUGCUCGCAUAGCCCUAGAGGUCGUCGCGGCUAACGCAUCAGCCACGAUAGACCGCAUUAAGGAGAUUCAAAAGCAAUCUGAGGACAAGAAACUCAAAACUAGCUUGGAAAGUUGCAUAGUCUCUUAUACCAAGAUUGUGAACGUGCUUUUGCCACAAGCUCUUAAAUGCAUGGACAAAGGUGACUAUAGUUGUGCCAACCGCAAUGCGUUAAUUGCUGGAACCCUAGCUGGUUCAUGUGAGAAAAAAUGCAAGGAGAGCUCUAGUGCAGUCAUGACAGAUACCAAUAUUUAUAUGCAAAAUAUAUGUAGCAUAGCUGUGUCCAUUAUUACAACAAUGCCUCAAUCUGUGCACCAAACUUUGGCAUAG